GUAAAUUUCUUCCUUCAUAUCCUAGAUUUUUGUUUCUCAUUUCAUUAAGUUGUAUAACUGAGCCUUCUUGUAUCACAUUGAGCUUCCUUAAGAUCAUUGCUUGGAUUUCCUUUUCAGUCAUUUUAAGGGUUUCCUGCUCUAUAGUGUCUGGUAUUUGAGAAUUACCACAUUCUUUUGAUGGUGUCAUAUUUUCCUGGAUUUUCACACUUCUAGUAACUGUACAUUUAUGUCUGGUCAUUUGGCAGAGCAGUUGCUUCUUCUAUCAUUCUGUAGUGGCCUUUGAGGAGAGAGACUUCCUCUUCUUUUUCUGGUGACUCUCCUGUGUCAAUGUAGUUGAGUGGCUGGUGGGCCAUCUGUACAGUGGCAGCAAGCCAUUUUUAUGGUAGCUAUGGCUGUGGCAGUGGCUGUGGUGGACUACCUGCACGAAAGUGGUGUUUUCAGCAUGCUCCUGCCUUCUGCUGGGCAGUGGGCACUGCCCACAGCUCAUGCCUAGGACCCUGUGCAUACUUCUGCCUUCUGACAGGCAGGGGGGGCUGCCCAUGGCUCCUGCCUAAGACCCAUGCUCCUUCCUUCUGCCAGCCAGUGGGGACUGCCCUCAGCUCCUGCCUGGGACCCUAUGUGUGCUCCUGCCUUCUCCCUCAUGGUUUCAUUUUAACUCAGUCGCCUCUUUAAAGACCCUACCUCCAAUUCUGAGGUAGCAGGAGUUAGGAAUUCAACAUAUGAAUUUGAGUGGAUGGGGGCACAAUUGAGCCCAUAACAGGGUGGGUAAUGGAAGAAAUAAAUAUUCCCCCUAGAAGGUGAAACCCCUCUAGCCUUACUGGUCUACACUUUAGAGGUAAAUAAAUGUCCAUGUCCGAGGCUGAGAGGAGAUGAGGAGUGCAGUAGUGCCUAGACAGGGGAGGGAGGUAAUGAGAGAGAGAAAGGACAGCUUAGAAGCUUUCCUUCAGGUGGCUCCCUGCUAUGAUACCCUGGGCCAUUUGAUAGAGAACCUCAAGGUAAAAGGGGGCCAGUCUGAUUUUUCUUUGUCCUAGUGCAGAGAAAGAGAAGACCCUCUUCUACCUAUACAUCCUUUGUCAUCCUUGCUCCUCUUUACCUCCUGCAAGAGUUCAGUUCCACAAACACUAUUUGAGCACUGACCAUGCGGUGCACAGUGGGCUGGGAAUAUGGAGUUAAUCUCUUUGCAGACUAUAUUUUGGCCCAACUCAUUAACUCAUCCUAUUUGCUCCAGGGACAACUUAAUGAAGAUAAACUGAAGGGCAAACUGAGAUCCUUAGAAAACCAGCUGUACACCUGUACCCAGAAAUACUCCCCUUGGGGAAUGAAAAAGGUGCUACUGGAAAUGGAAGACCAGAAGAAUAACUAUGAGCAGAAGGCCAAGGAGUCACUACAGAAGGUCCUGGAGGAGAAAAUGAGUGCAGAGCAGCAACUGCAGAGCACGCAGCGGUCCCUGGUCCUAGCAGAGCAGAAGUGUGAAGAGUGGAGGAGCCAGUACGAGGCUCUGAAGGAAGACUGGAGGACUCUAGGGACCCGGCACAGAGAGCUGGAGAGUCAGCUCCAUGUGCUUCAGUCCAAACUGCAGGGAGCGGACAGCAGAGACCUACAGAUGAACCAGGCCCUGCGACUUUUGGAGAAUGAGCACCAGGAACUGCAGGCCAAGAUUGAACAACUACAAGGGGACAAAGACCUGUGCAGCUCAGAUACCCAGGACCUACAAGAUCAACUGAAGAGGUCAGAGGAGCAGAAACUCACCCUGGUGGCCAAAGUACAGCAGUUGCACAGUCUGCUUCAGAAUCAAUCCUUACAACUUCAAGAACAGGAAAAACUCUUAACAAAGAAAGAUAAGGCUUUGCCUGUGUGGAGUCCAAAGCCCUCCCUUAAUGAAGAGGAGCCUGAGGGUACAGGGAAGGAGAAAGACUGGGAUCUCAGAGACCAGCUGCAAAAGAAGACUUUGCAGCUCCAGACCAAGGAAAAGGAGUGCAGAGAACUGCAUUCAGAGUUAGACAACCUCAGUGACGAGUAUCUCUCCUGCCUGCGUAAGCUGCAACACUGUCGAGAAGAGCUGAAGCAGAGCCUACAGCCGCCUCCCAGAAGGCAAUGUGGCCGAUGGCUCCCGAUGCUGAUGGUGGUGAUUGCUACAGCACUGGCAGUGUUCCUGGCCAACAAAGACAACCUGAUGAUCUGAAUAACUUGUGACAGCUGCCUUGGGUGAAAAGCAAGGAACUCAGUGGAAAACUCAGAAAGUUUGGGUAUUUCAUAGCUUGGGUUUUUCCCCCCAACUGAACUGGAAUUCUGACUUCAUUAUUUUUUUAACCUACUGUAAAUAAACUUCACCUGUUUAGACCAUG